AUGGGUUCCAACGCAAGCGAUGCCUCUGCUGGAGCCGACAUCUCGACCACUCCAUUCUUGCGGUCUACCCCCCGAGUCGCGCCAAAAGUUAUCAAUCCUGUCUCUAGCGGCCCAAUGGUUCGGGCGGGAAUAUUUUCAAUAGUACCGAUUAUGGUCGUGUUUGUAGGAUUUCGUAUCUACGCCCGGGUGCGUUUGACACCGUCGGUCGGCGUUGACGAUUAUCUCUGCCUUUUAUCUGCUGUAACCAUCAUCAUAUUUUCAGGGCUUGCAUUAUCUUGCAUGAUAACUGUGGUUCUGUUUAACCUCGCUGCUUUCGCCGGAUACCUCGGCCUCUGCGCUCGUUUUGGCAAGCCGAUUUGGGCAACAAUGCUAGAGUUCCAGUGCGCUGGCAGUAUCUUGUCAAUCUUCAAGGCUCAGGGAUGGUAUGGCCUUAUUUCAGAUGUUUAUAUUUUAGCGAUACCGUUGUGGCUUGUGUGGGACCUCAACUUGCCUCUAAAGCGCAAAGCCGCUGUGUUGGGUGUCUUCUCGACAGGGCUGGCGGCAUGUGCCAUUUCCGCUGCGUCCUUGGCCCAGCGACAGAAACUCGUCGGUCACGACGCGAAUAGGACGUGGGAAAACUAUCUCUAUGCAACUCUCGAGCUUAGCAUUGGCCUCAUUUGCAGCUGCAUGCCGGUCAUGCCGGCGGUACUAAAAGAAUUAAUGGCAAAUUUGGCCACGAGCGGGAAGUCUAUUCUGAGAUACGGCGCUCAGUUGCUCUUGCGAAACCCUAAGCAGGACUUAAGUCCCCUGGCCUUAUCCGAGCCUAUAGUCAGGGAGCAGUUACCCAAGGUUCCUAGUGGGGAUAUAUCAGGGCUGCGAACGAUACUAAGAUUCGGUGGCCUACUACUAAAGCUUGCUUUAACAUUGAGGCGUGGGGUGCGGUGUCACGACAACACGCUUAGAGACGGCAUGAGUCAAGCCAUCACUUGA